AUGUGUGAGCGAGUCCGAGCGAAACGUUCCGAACGCACCCGAACGUCAGUCGAGCGGGGCGCGGUCGCCGGUGGCUCCGGUGAAGCCGGGGCGGCAGGACGCGUGCGGAGCGUAUGCAGAGGGAGCGGUGAGAGUGCGCCCGGCUCUGGAGUCGGGGCGGACGGCGGCACAGGCAUACGGACAGCUGCCAAAAUGGGGUGCGCGCAGUCGGCAGAAGAGCGCGCUGCGGCUGCUCGGAGCAAGGCGAUUGAGAAAAGCCUGAAAGACGAUGGGAUACAAGCGUCCAAAGAUAUUAAACUGUUGCUGCUAGGUGCUGGAGAGUCGGGCAAGAGUACUAUAGUCAAACAAAUGAAAAUCAUCCACGAGAGUGGAUUCACAAAUGAAGACUUCAAACAGUAUCGGCCCGUGGUAUACAGCAACACCAUCCAAUCGCUCGUCGCCAUCUUGCGUGCCAUGCCAAAUCUGGGCAUCACUUACGCAAAUAAGGACCGUGAGAGCGAUGGCAAGAUGGUGUUCGACGUGAUCCAACGGAUGGAGGACACGGAGCCGUUCAGCGAGGAGUUGCUCGCCGCGAUGAAGAGGCUGUGGGCGGACGCCGGCGUCCAGGAGUGCUUCGGCCGCUCCAACGAGUACCAGCUCAACGACUCCGCCAAA